AUGACUUCUGAUGGAAAUGGUUUGUUCAAAAUUGGAUCCAGUAACACAGUAUCCAGUAUUGAUCCAUCUGAGAUCGUUGUAGGAUCAUUAGACGAUGAGGUUUCAAGUGAAUCUAAUGAAUUUGGAGACUUCGGAACUUUGAAAAAGCUCUUCAAAAAAAGUGCUGACAUUCGAAGCAAAUUCAAAGAAUCAAUUCCUGAUGACGGGUUGCAAAUAGCUAAUUACGAUGAAAAUACAGUGGUGAAUCAAGGGACAUCGGAAUGGCCUCUUCCACUGCUUACAUUCCACUAUGUACAUGGGUCCAAUAUUCAGAUUCUUCGAGGAGGUCGAGUUGCUAAGCGAAAAGAAUCAUUUUGUGAAGGACUCGCAUUUAGUAGUCGACCAAUACAAAUUGACGAAAACGUGUGCAUUCGUUUUGCUGAAGUAGUAUCGAAUUGGUCUGGUGUUUUGCGUUUUGGUGUUACGAAUGUUGAUCCAGAGACUUUUCUUGGAGUUGAAUUGCCAAAAUUUGCUUGUCCAGAUUUAACAAGUAAGGAAGGGUAUUGGGCAAAAGCAUUACCUGAACGUUACUCUGUUGCUGGAUCAAUUUUACAUUUUUAUGUGAACGGUGAAGGCGAGCUUUAUUAUGGCAUAAACGGUGUGUUAAAGGGGCAGUUCUUAAACGGGAUCAAUGUGUAUUCACCGUUAUGGGUUAUUGUUGACAUAUAUGGAAAUAGUUCUUCCCUUGAAUUCAUUGGAUUUCUGGGACAAAAGCUGUUAUCAUGGAGUAGUAUUGAGGUGAAAAACCCAAAAGAAAUUAGGCUCCGGUUAGGUCAUUCUGGGGUUACAAGAGGUCGCAUUUUCAACCGCCCUCUCUCAUCUGCAGUUCUACCGACAAAUAUUGCAACGACGAGCUCCGUGGGAAAUCAGCGACAUUCUAGAAGCAGUUCAAAUUCCCGACUCAAUUUGCCUACUUCAAAAUAUCAUGUUGGUGUUCAAUUUACUCCACUGACAUUUCAUACUGUUCGCGGGAAGCACAUUGCUCUUACUCAUGGUUACACUGUUGCUGAAAGACAUCCUGGUGAAUACUCCUGCGGUUAUGUGUUUACGUCUAGACCGCUCACACUGAAUGAAAAAAUUGUCAUUCAGAUACUAGAUGUAGAGUCAGCUUAUACUGGCAGUAUGGCUUUUGGAUUGACUUGUUGUGAUCCUGUAAACUUGCAAGGCUCAACACUUCCCGUAGACAGUGAUGAUCUCUUAGAAAGGCCAGAAUACUGGGUUGGUAUAAAAGAUGUUGCUGCGCAACCGGGAAUAGGUGAUGAGCUGUCAUUUUGGAUUUCUGAAAAAGGGGAAGUCUAUUUUGUCAAAAACAAUCUCGUUCCACGUGUUAUCAUUCAUGUAGAUACAUCAGUAAAAUUAUGGGCAUAUUUUGAUGUAUAUGGUACGACUCAGAAAAUACGAAUGCUUGGCAGUGUCAAAGUAACAACAUUGUCACACAUGAUCGCUCGACACGUUUCGACGCUUCCAGCAAGCACAAGAAAUUCACGUAGUUUACUUGAUCUGUCCCCACAAACGGUAGCAAGUGCAUACGAAACUAGAGGAUCGACUAGUGAAAUUUGUGUUUGCCCGCUACAAGUUGCAGACCCUAGCUUUGAGAAUCCGUCUCCAUUUUUAUCGAAGCGUCCUCAGUCGGAAACUGGGGAAAAUGUUAAUGGGAUGGUUCUUCGUCCUCCUCGUCAUAUACAAAGAAGUGUUCAUAUUUUGAAUCCAUUAGUGACAAGUUCGAGACCAGUUCUCAUUAGUGGUGAAAACUUUAUCGACUUAUGGGAAGCUAUGGAUAAUGAAAUACAGCGAAACGCAUCUAGCAUAACUCAUCAACCACAAUAUCUACCUGCUCCUGUGCCAUUCAGAGCAUCUCCUGUGCAGAUCUCGCCAGGUAGACCAUACUCACACCCUCCACCACAUCCACCGCUUCCUAAUGAAGUAAUAGCAAGUUCUCAGCAAAAAUCUACCGAGGAAGGUGAAUUUGGUGAUGAAUGCAGAAUUUGUAUGAAUGCUAAGGUGAAUUCUGUGAUUUACACAUGUGGUCAUAUGUCAAUGUGCUUUGAGUGUGCUACUGAGACGUGGCAUUUAAAUGGUGAAUGUCCAAUUUGUCGAAAGAAAAUCGAAGAUGUGAUUAAAAUUUACAAGUCAUAA